AUGAGACCGACUCUGAUUCUCCUCGCCCUCACCGCGGGCACAGCCGUCCAGGCGUCCUGGUUCAGCGGCAACACCAAUAACCAGCCCGCAGAAUAUACCACAUGGUCAACACAAGAACUGCAGAACUGGCUCGACGCCCACAACGUCCCCUACUCCCGCGAUACUACUCCUUCGCAGGCUGAGCUGCAGGCCGCCGUCAAGGCUCACUACGACUCCGCGUCGUCAUGGACGUACGAGCAGCUCAACAAGGCCCAGGUCGCGUUCUCAAGCUACAAGGCGGACGCGUUUGACACCUGGGACGAGUCGCGCCUCCGUGAGUUCCUCCUCGAGCAGGGUGUCGUAAACCCCUCCGGCACCCGCGAACAGCUUGCUCUGCUUGCCAAGCAGAAGUGGCGCCAGUACUCAUCCGCUGCAAGCGCGUACAGCAAGACUGCGAGCAAAACUGCGAGCUCUGUCGCGGGCGAGGCGAGUAAGAGCGUGGGUUCUGCUGCCAACCAGGCGAGCAAGAGCGCCAGCUCCCUCGCUAGCUCCGCGUCUGCACAGGCUAGCACCGCUGUAUACGGCAACUCGUGGCAGCAGGCGUCGAAGUCUGCUUCCUCAAUCGCGGCCCUGGCUACCGACAACGCUGCGGCCGCGCUGGACGACUCCAAGGACUAUGUCUACUCCACAUGGGAUGACAACCGUAUUCGCUCAUAUCUCCAGGAGCACGGAGUCGUCGAGGCUCCCGCUACCCCGCGCGAAAAUCUCCUCGCCAAGAUGAAGGAGACAUACGCCUCCACCGCCAACCCCCUCUACAAGGCUUGGUCGGAUUCGUACAUCCACAACUGGCUCAUCCAGCACGGCAUUCUCAAGGACAGCGCUACCAAGCGUCACGAGGAGCUCCUUGCGUUGAUGGACAAGUACUAUUACGACACCAAGGCCAACGUCUGGGAUACCUGGACCGAUUCGCAAACCAAGGCGUGGCUCGUUGAGCAUGGCGUCAUCAAGAGCGACGCCCAGCUCCAGCGCGAGAAGAUGCAGAAGCUCGUCGCCGAGAACUACGCCCACGCGCACGACUCCGCCUGGGCAGCCUGGAAGGAGUCAGACAUGCGUCAAUGGCUCAUCGACAACGGCUACCUCCGCAGCGACGCCAAGAAGACGCGCGACGACCUCGUCAACCUCAUGAACGAGAAGUACACCGACGUCUCCUCGCGCACUGCUGCGUACCUCACCUGGCCCGACGCGCGCCUCCGCGCCUACCUCCGCGAGCACGGCGUUUCGGACGCGAAGCUCCCCACGACGCGCCCCGGUCUUCUGCAGGAGGUCCGCAUCCGGUGGGUGCAGUCGAGCGGCCGCGCAAGCGCCGUGUGGCACCGCGUGAAGAGCAUCUUCGACUCCGGCGUCGCCGUUGGCGAGGACAAGCUCGGCCAGAUCCUCGAUAUCCUCACGGGCUCCGCUGAGGGCGCAAAGGAGGGCGCGAAGGAGGGUGCGUACGCAGGAAACGAGAAACACAAGGCGCAGAAGGUCGAGUUGUAAACGCUUCUCCGCUUCUCCCCCAGGCCUAUCUCCCACCCCCACUAAAACAGUUCCGAGUCUUCCCCCCACGCUUGCUCAUUGCUCUCUUACGUGAUUCAUUGUACGAUCCCUGACGACUGGUUGCGACGGACUCAUACUUGUACGAUUGGCUAUGGAAGAUGUAGCUUGAUGUAAUUACAAUACGCUAGUACUCACUUCAUUCAUCAUGAUCAUCAUUGUGUUUGAACGCC